AUGGCGGCUAACAUGUACCGAGUUGGAGAUUACGUGUACUUUGAAAACUCUUCCAGUAACCCAUACCUGAUCCGGAGAAUAGAGGAGCUCAACAAGACUGCCAAUGGCAACGUGGAAGCCAAAGUGGUGUGUCUGUUCAGGAGGAGGGACAUCUCAGGAAAUCUCAACACGCUGGCCGAUAGCAAUGCAAGGGAGUUCGAGGAAGAGUCAAAGCAGCCUGUUCUCGCAGAACCACAGAAACAUCAGCUCAAGCACAGAGAACUUUUCCUAUCCCGACAGUUUGAGUCUUUACCUGCAACACACAUACGGGGCAAAUGUAACGUGACACUCCUCAAUGAGACGGACAUGCUGACCGGGUACCUGGACAAAGAGGACUGCUUCUUCUACUCGCUGGUGUUUGAUCCUGUCCAGAAGACACUGCUCGCAGACCAAGGGGAGAUCAGAGUGGGCUCUAAAUACCAGGCAGAAAUCCCAGACAUGCUGGCGGAGGAUGAAUCGGACACCAGAGUGCAGGAGAAACUGGAAACGAAGGUGUGGGACCCCGACAACCUGCUGAAAGAUUCACAGAUCGACCAGUUUCUGGUCGUGGCAAGGGCUGUGGGCACCUUUGCCAGAGCGCUGGACUGCAGCAGCUCCAUCCGACAGCCCAGUCUGCACAUGAGUGCAGCCGCCGCCUCCAGAGACAUCACGCUGUUCCAUGCUAUGGACACCCUUCAAAAGAACAGCUAUGACCUGGCCAAAGCCAUGUCCACACUGGUGCCUCAGGGCGGCCCAGUGCUCUGUCGAGAUGAAAUGGAGGAGUGGAGCGCAUCUGAGGCCAUGCUGUUCGAAGAAGCCCUGGAGAAAUAUGGAAAAGACUUCAAUGACAUCCGCCAAGACUUUCUGCCGUGGAAGUCUCUGGCUAGUGUGGUGCAGUUCUACUACAUGUGGAAAACUACAGACCGCUACAUUCAGCAGAAACGUCUAAAAGCAGCAGAAGCCGACAGCAAGUUGAAGCAGGUGUACAUCCCCACCUACACCAAACCUAACCCCAACCAGAUUAUGGCACCAGGAAGCAAACCAGGAAUGAACGGAUCUGCUGGAUUUCAGAAAGGCCUCAGUUGUGAGAGCUGCCACACGGCUCAGUCUCCUCAGUGGUACGCUUGGGGCCCUCCCAACAUGCAGUGCAGGCUUUGUGCCGCGUGUUGGAUUUACUGGAAGAAGUACGGAGGCCUGAAGACACCCACACAACUGGAGGGAGCAGCCCGCGGAGGCUCUGAGUCUGGUCCUCGAGGUCACAUGACUCGCCAGGAGGUGCAGGGCAUGUCCCCGUUCACUAGAAACGAAGGGAGAGCCAAACUUCUCGCCAAGAACCGUCAGACCUUCAUCCUUCAGACGACCAAACUGACGCGUGUGGCUCGACGAGUGUGUGAGGACAUCCUACAGCCGCGGAGAGCUGCACGCCGACCGUACGCCUCCAUCAACGCCAACGCCGUCAAGGCUGAGUGUAUGACCAGGCUGCCAAAAGCCACAAAGACCCCGAUCAAGACUAAAAUCAUCCCUCGACCGUCACUGGCAACCAUCGUCAAAGACUUGGCCAUCUCUGCUCCUCUAAAACUCAAGGCUUCCAGGGGACCACCGACCCCCAUUAACAGAAACCAAGCCACACAGCCGCGUGUGGGGCAAGGCCUGCUGGGAAAGAGAGGCUUUGACAGUGUGACCGGAGUUCCUUACCCAGCCAAUGGAAGGCCAUAUUCUUCAGGGCUAAGGACAGGUUCUCAAUCUGUCAUCAAGCGACCGAAAAUGAACCAAGGAGAGGCUCCCAACCCUGUGGUGUUUGUGGCCACCAAGGAUACCAGAGCGCUACGGAAACACUUGACACAGUCUGAGAUGCGGCGAGCAGCGAGGAAGCCUCACCUCCCAGUCAGGAUAAAGUUGCCCCCACCGCCCCGCUCCCUGGCCAUGCCCCUGCUACCCUCCAGCACCAGCGAGCCCAUUGUCCUGGAGGACUGA